AAUGGAUUCACUUGACUAUUACGUAUUUUAUAAAUGUUGGACGAGACACUAAUCUCUUGGAUAUUUCAGAAAUAUAAUAACAUUAUUGCUUCUAUAGACGUGUACAUAAAUAUGCUCUAGAUUUAAUAUUAUUUAACAAUAAGUAAAAGAAGAAAUUAAGUCGGAAAACUUACAGGAGCAAGUUAAAUGUACAAUAGACCCAAAGCGAAUAGAUGACCAAAAGUUACCUGAUGCAAUGUAUAGAACUUACCAAAACAAUUAGAACAAUGAUUACCGAAUUUUCGUUGCAAUAUCCUUGUAAAGCAGGAUCAAGUAGCGAUGAUACGUAUCAUCGGUUAACCUUCGAUUCGGUGCGUCGAAUACAUUCGAAAUAGCAAAGGAUAUCGCGGGUAGACUGCGAAAUCUUGAGGGAGGUGGGUCGGCAGGUCGCCGAUAACCGCCUUCCUCGAUAGGAUUUGAGUAUAAAAGCCUGAAUGAACAAGCAGUCAGCAUCGCAUCCCAUCGUUGCAUUCACAAUGAGGUGCUUAGUUGUCCUGUUGGCUUUCGCUGCUUUGGGGGCCUGCAGCAGCGGUAAAAGAGCCGCUGAUCAGGAGCUCCUCAACAAGCAGCAGGAUGUCAUCCAACUCCUGCAGUCGAUCGGUCAGGAGAUUCCAAACCAACAACUUCAACAACUUGGCGUGAAUUAUGACAUUGCAAGCAACGCUCUCCAAUAUGACAACCCCAUCAUUGUGAAAUAUUAUGCUGCCGCUGUUCAAGCUGGUUUGGUUCAACCAAAGGGCACUGUCUACAGCAAUUCCAUCAGUGAGCUGCGCAAAGAAGUAUCCCUUCUUCACAGAAUCUUGAUGGGUGCCAAGGACUACCAAACUUUCUUGAAGACUGCUGCCUGGGCUCGUGUACAUGUCAAUGAAGGACAGUAUGUUAAGGCUUUGGUUGGUGCUAUUUUGUCGCGUCCAGACACUCAGGGUAUCAUACUCCCCCCAGCUUAUGAAAUCUUACCUCAAAACCAUUUGGAUGCCAGAAUUAUCAAGGAAGCUCAAGAUAUCGGUAUUCAAGGACCUCAGCAACAAGGCAUCCAGAACAUUCUGAUUCCAGUGAACUACUCUGCCCUUCUGUCUCACGAAGAACAACAGCUUUCCUAUUUCACUCAGGACGUCGGUCUCGCAUCUUACUAUGCUUACCUCGACCUUGCUGGAUACAUCUUGGGAGAACAAGGUCCACAACAACAGCAACAGCAACAACAACAGCAGCAGCAACAGCAACAGCAACAGCCCUUGACUCAACAACAGUACCAGCAACAGAUUGUAGGCAAAUACUUGCAAGUUGGACCAAGCCAACAGAGCGUCGUCGGUCAUGGAGCUAAAUACUUGCACCUCCACCAACAACUUUUGGCUCAUUACGAACUUAACCGUCUUUCCAACGGACUUGGCCCCAUUCAGGAGACUGACUUCAACAGCAUUCAAGCUCUGUACCAACCACACCUUCGUAAUCUGAAUGGUCUUGAAUUCCCAAGCCGCCCAGAGAAUCUCCAAUUCCAAAAAUUGAAGAGCCAAUUGAUUCAGCAUGUCAACAUUUUGCAACAAAGAUUGAUGGAAGCUAUCGACUCCGGCCAUGUGAUCACUCCUCAGGGCAUCUUCCUCUCUCUCUACCAGCCACAGGGUGUUAACAUUCUUGGUGACUUGAUCGAAGGAACUGGCAAGAGCAUUAACCCAAGAUACUACGGAAGCCUCCAAGCUGCUGCCCGCAAACUGCUUGGAAAUGCCCCUGAAGUACAGAACAUCUGGGACUACACACCAUCAGCUCUCGAACUUGGCCAAACCGCUGUUCACGACCCUGCCUUCUACCAGCUGUUCAAGAAAAUCAUGAACCUCUACAAGCAAUACCAACAGUCUCUCCCAGCUUACCAAUGGAACGACCUCGUCCUCCCUGGUGUUACCAUCCAGAAUGUUGACAUCAGUCAGCUUGUCACCCUCUUCAACGACUUCUACAUUGACCUCCAGUCUGUAGUUCCUCAAGUUGGCAAACAACAGCAACAACAACAACAACAACAACAACAACAACAACAACAGUGGCAGCAACCGCAACAACAGCAACAACAACAGCAACAGCAGCAGCAACAACAGCAGCAACAGCAGCAGCAGCAGGUGCAACAGAAGAUUCUGGCCCAUCUGAAGAGAUUGGACCAUAAACCAUACCAGUACCAGAUCACUGUUCACAGCGAACAACCUGUCCCCAACGCAGUCGUACGUGUAUUCCUUGGACCAAAAUACGACUACCAGGGCAACCCGAUCAGCAUCUCCGAGAGCAAGCAGCUCUUCGUACAACUUGACCAAUUCAUUCACAACCUCCUCCAAGGCCAGAACGUGAUUAUCAGGAACUCCCAACAGGCUCCAGGUUUAAGUCACGACUGGCCAUCAGUUCAGAGCAUCCAACAGGGUGUCAACGGCGCUAUCAGCUCCCAGGAACCGUUCUACAUCACCGAGCCACACCAGAUCUUCAGCUUCCCCGCUAGACUGUCUAUCCCUAAGGGACAACCUCAAGGCUUCCCACUCCAGUUGCUCGCCGUGAUCUCGGCUCCAGGUCCAUUGAACGUCCCCUGCGGCCCAGUGAUCCCUCAGCAGAGUCUGACCUACCAGGAACAGCAAUACCAGAUCGUCAACCCUGAACAAUACCAGCAACUGCAGCAACAGCAAAGCCAACUGCCCAACGUACCCGGCAUCCAACAGAACGUGGAAGUACUGCCCGAGAACUGGUCCGCUGCCCAGCAACAAAUCCCAGCCGUGAGGAACCUUAAAGCUAACGUCUUCACCAAAUACCACGGACAAUACCCGAACACUCAGAUUCAGAGUCCGGUCGGCCAGGGCGCUGGCGCGAGACACAUCCAUCGUCAAAUUGGCAGACCAUGGGGAUACCAACAAUUAGCGCAACAAGGCAUCCAGAGCCAACAGCAAAUACCAAUCCAAGACUCGCACCCGCUUCUCCAACCGAUCCAAGGACAGAUCCAGCCAGGACUUGCCAUUAACUGGCAACAACAGGUCGACCAACAAGGCAUCCAACAGCCUCUGCAAGGACUCCAGGGACAGCAGAGUGUUCCACAGGGCGUUCAACAGGGUGUUCAGCAGGGUGUACAGCAGGUUGUACAAGGACUGCAAGGUGUCCGAAAGGGCGUGCAACAAGGACUGCAAUCUGUUCAGCAGGGAGUGCAACAGAGACUCCAGGGUGUACUGCAGGGUGUACAGCAGGAUGUGCAGGGUGUACAGCAGGGUGUCCCCGGUCUCCAGGGUGUGCAACAGGGCGUCCAGGGUCUGCAAGGCGUGCAACAAGGUCUCCAAGGCGUACAGCAGGGUCUCCAGGGUCUUCAAGGUGUACAGCAAGGUGCCCCAAGUAUUCAGAGCGUACAACAGGGUGUUCAGCAGGGAGGUCAGCAGGGUCUCCAAGGUAUCCAGAUCCCAGGCAUCUACCCAACGAUCCAGGCUGGCCAGCAACAGAUUGGACAACAAGAGAUCAUCGGCAUGCACGGAGUUCAAGGACCUUGGCUGGGACACAACGUCGCCAGCGGCCAGCUCCACGCCGGUGGUUUCCAGGGCAUCUACGCUCAGCCCCAGACUGUUCAGGACAAGUCCGUCAGCGAUCACUUCCAGAACCAGCCGAUCUCCGACAUCAUCGGAGGCGCCAUCUCCCUCGACGGCAAGCCCCUCGGUUUCCCCUUGGACAGACCCCUGACCGCUGGCGCUCUCAGCGUCCCCAACAUCUUCGUCAAGGACGUCCUCGUCUACCACGAGGGAGUGCCCUCCAACGAGAUCAUUGAAUAAACUCCCACGGCCGAACUGCACCGCAGGCUCGGCGCGCGGGUACAAUGUAACGUUAACGCAGGCAAAACAACAAAAAAAACGGUUUAUUGAUGUAGCAUUUAUAACGAAUAAAUUGCC